AUGGACACGGACCCUUAUGAUGAGUUUGGGAACUACAUCGGUCCUGAGCUGGACUCAGAUGAUGACGACGAUGAUGACGAUAUGGGCAGAGAUGACAGGGAUGUUGAUGCGGCAGAUGAUGAUGAUGACGAUGACUAUAUGGGAGAUCCUGAUGAGGAUCGGGGUGGGAUGGAAGUUGUUCUCCAUGAGGACAAGAAGUAUUACCCUACAGCAGAGGAAGUGUAUGGCCCAGAAGUGGAGACUAUUGUGCAAGAGGAGGAUACUCAGCCCCUGACAGAGCCCAUUAUCAAACCAGUGAAGACAAAGAAGUUCUCAAUGAUGGAGCAAGGGCUUCCAGCCACUGUGUAUUCCAUGGAGUUUCUUGCUGAUUUAAUGGAUAACUCUGAGCUUAUCAGGAAUGUCACUCUGUGUGGUCACCUCCACCAUGGAAAGACCUGCUUUGUGGACUGUUUGAUAGAGCAAACUCAUCCAGAGGUCCGGAAGCGCCAUGAUCAGGAUCUUUGCUACACUGACAUUCUGUUCACAGAGCAGGAGAGAGGAGUCGGUAUGAAGAGUACGCCGGUAACAAUCGUUCUUCCAGACACCAAAGAGAAAUCUUACCUCUUUAAUGUUAUGGACACACCCGGUCAUGUGAACUUCUCUGAUGAGGUGACAGCCGGGUUUCGCAUAUCAGAUGGGAUUGUCCUGUUCAUCGAUGCUGCUGAAGGGGUCAUGCUAAACACAGAACGUCUGAUAAAGCAUGCCGUGCAGGAACGCUUGGCUGUCACUGUUUGCAUUAACAAGAUUGACCGUUUGAUUCUGGAGCUAAAGCUUCCCCCUACUGAUGCCUAUUAUAAGCUGAGGCACAUUGUGGAUGAGGUUAAUGGGCUGCUGAGCAUGUAUUCCACAGACGAGAAUCUCAUUCUGUCUCCUCUCUUGGGGAAUGUCUGCUUUGCAAGUUCACAGUACAGCAUAUGCUUCACCCUGGGCUCUUUUGCAAAGAUCUACGCAGACACAUUUGGUGAUAUUAAUCAUCUAGAGUUCUCUAAACGACUGUGGGGUGAUAUCUACUUCAAUCCAAAGACUCGAAAAUUUACCAAGAAAGCUCCAACAAGCAGCUCGCAGCGCAGUUUUGUGGAGUUUGUCCUGGAACCUCUUUACAAGAUCCUGGCUCAGGUGGUGGGUGAUGUAGACACAACUCUGCCUCAUACCUUGGAGGAGCUGGGGAUUCAUCUCACCAAGGAGGAGUUAAAACUGAACAUUCGACCUCUUCUGAGGCUUGUGUGUAACCGAUUUUUUGGGGAGUUUACAGGUUUUGUGGAUAUGUGUGUCCAGCACAUCCCUUCGCCUAAGAGUGGCGGGAGAGCCAAGAUUGAGCACACGUACACUGGAGGCAUUGAUUGUGACCUAGGAGAGGAAAUGAGCCAGUGUGAUUCAGAUGGACCUCUAAUGUGUCACACCACCAAGAUGUACAGUACAGAUGACGGGGUGCAGUUUCAUGCCUUUGGUCGAGUAUUGAGUGGCACUAUUCAUGCUGGGCAAGCAGUAAAAGUGUUUUGGGGGAGAAUUACACCUUAGAGGAUGAAGAGGACUCCCAGGUCUGCACUGUGGGAAGAUUGUGGGUCUCCGUUGCCAGGUAUCAAAUCGAAGUGAACAGAGUGCCAGCUGGAAAUUGGGUUCUUAUUGAGGGAGUGGACCAGCCAAUUGUGAAGACUGCCACAAUCACUGAGCCACGGGGCAAUGAGGAGGCUCAGAUUUUCCGGCCAUUGAAGUUUAACACCACGUCAGUCAUUAAGAUUGCUGUGGAGCCUGUGAAUCCUUCAGAGCUUCCAAAGAUGUUAGAUGGAUUAAGAAAAGUCAACAAGAGUUACCCUUCGCUUACUACCAAGGUGGAGGAAUCUGGGGAGCACGUUAUUCUGGGUACCGGAGAGCUGUACUUGGACUGUGUCAUGCAUGACCUCCGCAAAAUGUAUUCAGAGAUUGACAUUAAGGUAGCAGAUCCCGUGGUGACGUUUUUGUGAGACUGUUGUGGAAACCUCGUCACUGAAGUGCUUUGCUGAGACACCUAAUAAGAAGAAUAAGAUCACAAUGAUUGCAGAACCCCUGGAGAAAGGGCUAGCUGAAGACAUUGAAAAUGAAGUGGUGCAGAUCUCUUGGAACAGGAAGAAACUAGGAGAAUUUUUCCAGACCAAAUACGAUUGGGAUUUGCUGGCUGCCCGUUCUAUCUGGGCUUUCGGACCAGACACUACUGGACCCAAUAUCUUGGUAGAUGAUACUCUGCCAUCUGAGGUGGACAAAGCUCUGCUGAGUUCAGUAAAAGACAGUAUAGUACAAGGAUUCCAGUGGGGUACAAGAGAGGGGCCUCUCUGUGAUGAACUGAUCCGGAAUGUGAAGUUCAAGAUCCUGGAUGCUGUGUGAUUGCUCAGGAGCCUUUGCACCGUGGUGGGGGACAGAUCAUUCCUACAGCCCGCAGAGUGGUAUACUCUGCCUUCCUUAUGGCCACACCCCGUCUCAUGGAGCCAUAUUACUUUGUGGAAGUGCAAGCUCCUGCAGACUGUGUCUCCGCUGUGUAUACUGUGCUGGCCAGGAGGAGAGGCCACGUCACACAGGACGCCCCUAUACCUGGAUCCCCACUCUACACCAUCAAAGCAUUCAUCCCUGCUAUAGAUUCUUUUGGUUUUGAGACAGAUCUGCGCACACACACCCAGGGACAGGCCUUCUGCCUGUCUGUGUUCCAUCACUGGCAGAUUGUGCCAGGUGAUCCCUUGGAUAAAAGCAUCAUUAUUCGACCUCUGGAGCCCCAACCAGCACCUCACCUUGCCAGGGAGUUCAUGAUUAAGACAAGGCGAAGAAAGGGUCUUAGUGAAGACGUAAGCAUCAGCAAAUUUUUCGACGAUCCUAUGUUGUUGGAGUUGGCCAAACAGGAUGUGGUCCUGAAUUACCCCAUGUGA